UUAUUUAUAAAAGAAAAAAGAAAAAAAAAAAAAAGAAAAAGGAAAAAGAAAAGCUUACCUAAAAGACAGAACAAAACAGCUUCUGCUUCAGAGUACCUAAUCUUUGCUCUUCUUCUUCAAUGUCAUCUCUCUAGAAAGAAAAUUAUAUAUAUAAAAAAAAAAAUCACAAUGUCUUGGCUGUUCAAGUCAUUCCAAUCCAGCGAUCCAGAUUCAUCAUCAUCAUCAUCAUCUCCAAAAGACGACAUAUCAGUAAUCAGCGACUCAAUCAGCCGGCAAUUACGGGGCGUAGCGAAUUUCCUGGCACCGCCUCCAUCACCGCCGUCUCCGUCUGAAAAUAAAUCAGAACCGUUGGAUUCUCAGUCGCAGGCUCUUCAAGGGAUCCGAAAUGAUCUAGCGGAGAUAGGAGGGAGCUUGAAAAGUGGCCUCUCUUUACUUUCUACUAAUAAGGCGGUUACUGAGAUCUCUAAAUUUACCUCUAGUUUAUUGCAAUUUCAAAGUAAUAGUAAUUAUCGAGAUAACGAUGAUGAUUAUGAGGAUGACGACGAUGACGUGGCAGGAAUUACAAAUGAGGUUAUUGAUUUUGUUAAAGAAAUUUCUAGCAGACCUGAAUGUUGGACUGAUUUUCCAUUAUCACUACACUACGAUUUUAAAAUGUCUGAUGCUCAGAGGGAACAUGCUUCAAUUGUUGAACAUUUUGUUCCCAGUUUGAAAGCUCUUAGAGCUAACCUACAUGGUCACAUGGGGGAUGAACAGUUCUGGUUGAUUUAUUUUAUAUUGUUGCUUCCAAGAUUGAAUGAACAUGACAUUGAGAUUCUAUCAACUCCCCAGAUAGUUGAAACAAGAAAUAUACUUCUGCAGAAGCUGCAAAACAAGAAAAAUCUGAAGGUGGAGAACUCUGAUCCUGCCAGUCUUCAUAUAUCUCAAGAUAGCAGCAAAAUAACUGAGAGAUCAGAGGACAAUAUCCCAUCUCAGGGUAAAGAGGUCACUGAGAUUGCAAAUGCAACUGGAAGGUUAGAGAUUGAUGAUGAAGAGAGUGCUGAUCAGUGGUUGAAAGAGACAGAGAUCAAUACAGACACCACCCUGGAUGGACAGAAAAAACUCGAACAUGAAGAGGAUGUGUCAUUUAGUGACCUGGAGGAUGAUGACAACGAUCUUGCAAGUAGACUAUCAGGUUCUAAGAAAGCACAAGAAAUUACUAGGGUUCCUUCACCCAGUGGAUCUAGUGAUUGGGUCCAGCUGAACGAGAGUUCUGAGACUCAGGCUGGUCUGCAAAAGGCAAGGCAGUCUAUUUCUCGCGAGAAAGAUUCAGAUGGUGAGUCCAAUGAUUGGCUUAAAGUUGAUGACUUUGACUAGAAAAUCCAGUGUUUGUCAAUAACCGAUUUAUUGUAAAGUUUCUUUUUUCCUUUUUAACGUUUGGUCUCUGUACUUGAGAAAUUCAACCUGUUAAGUAUGCUUAAACUAAUAAUUUAAGUGUCUGUAAAGCCAUUCAGUCUUUUACAAAAAUGUCUCUUGUCCUGAUGGAUUAUAUAUUCUGGGUAUUUUGUAUAUAUCCUUUUGAGUAAAAGGAAUUCUAGAAUUGUUUA